AUGGACAUGCAGUACCUGUCCUCGCCACCACCAUCAUUCAAUACCGCAUCCCCUUAUCCUCAGCUCAAGAAGAGAGCCCUUCCAGACCAGCCUCCAGUUGUCUUCAACAGGACUACGGCCCCAAAGCUACCACCAAUCAGCAAUACAGAUCUCGUCCUUCAAAUAUUCACCCAUUCCUCCCUGAGAACGAGGCUGACAUGCUCGAGUCUCGACCAGUAUGACAAUGAGAGACUUUCCUGGCUGGGAAAGCAUGUACUAGACUCGGUGGUAACAGAGUUACUGUUCGACACCAGACCGAUGCUGAGAGCUGGUGAGAUAGUGGAGAGGAAGGAGGAACUAUUGUGCGAUGACCUCUUCGAGGAGUGGGUAACACACUAUGGACUGCUCAGGAAACUUCGCUACGACCCCGUUCUGCGCGAGUCAUCAGGAAUCACCAAGCCCCAGGAAACUCGCGAUAUAUUCUACGCUUAUACUGCAGGCGUUUACUUAGAUUCAGGUGCACCUGUUGUACGGGAAUGGAUUCAGACAUUACUUGGCCAGAACCUGAACAUUCCCAACAGGGACAAGUUGGGUCAAUCUUCAAGCCCUAUGCACGUUGAAGAGGGUCCGAUGUCCCCUCCGCGACAAGCGUUGACUCCACCUCCUACGAAGAAAGUGAAGGCCGAAACCAUGAGCCCUGGUCCUGAAACUAUCUUUUUUGGUUCUCAGCCUGGUCCCCCUGCUCCAGCUUUUAAACCGCCACCGCCACCACCUGUGAGCAGUCCACCUGCAAUGCAACAGGUGUCUCGUGCUAGUAUGAGCUCGCACGGAACUCGCCCAAAUCCUUUGGCGCCCGCUCGGCCGAACCUACCAUUCCUUCCUCUGUUUAAUCAAACUGCAGCACAAAGGCGGGUAUCGGUGGAGUACGACGCACAAUUCAGCGGUCCUUCGCAUGCAGGAACGUGGCUUGUGCGCUGUAUUGUGAAUGGGAUUCCUAAAGGAGAGGGAACAGGAAGCAGCAAACAAAAUGCCAAGGAGGAAGCUGCCCGACAGGCUUACUAUGCGAUGGGUUGGACUUGA